AUGAUGUCGACAACCAACCCCGGCGGCAGGGGCCCGCCUGCGCCGGGCUACAGCAACUCGACGGAUCGGCCGAGCUGUUACAAGACCAAGAGGUUUGGAGAGGCCACCAACGGCAGGCAACUAAGGCUCGAGAACGUGAGGAGAUUCGACGGCGCUGCUCGGGCAGACCAGCCAUGGGACAACCUGCGAAGGGAUCCCGAGCUGUGGUGGAACCACGGCAACUGCUACGUCCACUUAUACGCCCAGGGGCAGUCGCGGAGGGGUCCUGCUUUCAAGGUGCCCUUCUCGACGCUGCAGGAGCAGAAAUGCUUCCCCCUGAUCGAGCGAUUCCUGGACGCUUGGGACCAAAGCGACAUCCCGGACAGGUCGCCCACGUCGGAGACGAGCAAGGAGCCGAGGACAUUCCAGCUGCAACCGAGAACGACCCCGAGCGCGCUGCCCGAUCCGAUCCGGCGCCGCAUGGCCCGGGGGAGGAUGGCCGGCGUCACGGCCGCCCGACAGCCGCCCGACCGCUGGGCGGGCAGGGUGGACCUCUACAUACCGGCGCCGCCGCUGGCGGACAAGAGGCAGGCGCUCGAGCACCACCUGGCGACGCGCAACUUCUUCGCCUGGGCCAUGGGGCGGUCCAUGGUCGGCGAGCAGCUGGGCCGCGCCCUGGCCACGCUGCUCGAGAGCAUGCACGAGUUCCGCGAGGCCGGCGCCAGCAACGUCGAGGACCUCGUCGCCUACAUGGACGAGGAGGGCUACCUGGACUUCAACGGCCUGCCCGGCAACGCGCUGGCCGUGCUCUACCUAGCCGAGAACUUCCGGCUGGGGGACCUGUUCAUCGAUUCGUAUGUGCACUGCGUCGGCAUGAGCGAGAUUUUGUACAGGUGCCCAGAGUAUCAUAACAUCAGCUCAAGGUCCAGGCGACUGAUACGCAAGUCUCGCGCCGAAAUGGAUGCGCGGCUCAGCUCGGCUGGCACCAUGAUCCGUACGUUCCUCGAGGAUGACCUCUCAGAGUCUAGGCUUGGCCUCACUUCUGGCGUCCGAGCGCACCUCGACCGUUUCCGCGCAUUUGUGCACUCCUUCUACGCCUCAAAAUUCGGCUACUACCCGCCACUCCCCGUCGACCCUGGCACCGAAAUCUUCCCCGCCCACAUCUAUCGCUCCAUGGCACAGGACUUUGAGGCCCUUUACAGCUACCUCGUCGACCGGAGCUUCACCAUGACCGACUCCAGCCCAGCACUCGCCCAGGGCGGCAUCUGCGUCCUGCAGAGCGUCGAGGCCUUCGACUGCCAUUACCAGUUCGACUCGCUCCACCACCCGCUGCCCCUUCUUCCCAAGAUCGGCGCCAAGGCAGGCUCGUCGCCCUCGCCGUCGUCCAUCCCCGACGGCGGAAGCACCACAACGUCGCCCGCCCCGUCCACGACGUCGUCCAGGCGCAGGCGGUGGUUCUCGUCAGCCGUGGCGGCGGCCGUGAGCACCACGUCGCGGCAUCAGAGCAGCAGCCUGGACAAGCUGCGGCCCGACAAGAAGCUCGUGUCCCACGCGGCGCUCAUGACGGCGACGAACUCCACCGACGUCCACCUGCUGGAGAACCGGUUCGUGUGCGCCUAUCGCCGCUUUGAGGAGGACUCGGUCCUGGCCGCCACCACCAGCAACAAGUUCGACCGCGCCGAGGCCAAGAUAUCCCUGGUCGAUGCCCGCAAGGUGCGCUGGAUCCUCGUCUACUGCAUGCACCAGACCCUCCGGGCCUGCACCGCCACCCCGGCCGAGGUGCGGUGUGUAUCGGCCGGGGAGCGGCAACUUCCCCCCUAUAGCCUCUGUGUCGACACUACGGAGCUGCCGCCGUGGGAGGAGCAGACCAUUUCGUACGAGUCGGUCGAGGGCGACCUGCUACAUGUGGCCAGCGAAGCAAUAGGGUCUCCCCCGAGCGUCGCGCCGCCCGCCCUGAUGCUCGAGAUCCGCCCGGAUGUAGACUAUUACGCCAUCACGCACCGGGACGAGACUCGGCCACCCGUGUCUGGAAGCUUGAGCCGUUCCAUGAGCACAUUCAGUGCAUCUGGAGCACUUCGGCCUUUGACUGGGAGCAACAACUCCAUAUUCAAGGUGCCUCCACGUCGCAGCAGUCUAUCGUCGCCAUCACGACCGACUACUGCAGCUGGCGAUCAGAACACUGGGAGCUUGUCGAGGAGCGCGUCUGCUAGCAGCCAGUUCCGGAAGACGCUCAGCAAAUUGAGGGGAGGCGUCGCGUCGUCGGCAUCGUCCUUUACCGACCGGCCGCUGACUUCCACGCCGCUGGUGCCCGAGACGUUUGAGCUGCCGCCCCGGUCAAUCUGGCGCAAGUCGCGCAGGUUGUCGUAUCGGGAGAUCUUUGUGCAGGGAUAUGGCAACGGAACACUUGAUGUUAUGAAAGUUGGCGACUCGACGGCGCCCAAGAAGAAUGGGAACGUCGGCAAGAUGACAAGGCCGGCUGGCAACACGAACAAGACGGCCGGCAGUGACGACACAAGCGCCAGCAGAGUUCCAAUGGACACGGCUGCCUACAACGAUGGCGAGGAAGAGAUCCCUGUCAAAGUCGCGCCAGAAGUGGUGGCAAACAGGUCGGCUUCCACGUCGUCCAACUCCAGCAACAGCUCGACCGCGACCAAGACCAGCAACGCAACAACGGCCGCGACGUCGCUCGCCUCCUCGGUCCCCAGCUCGCCGGCCCACACGGCCCACGGCGGCCUUGACCCAUGGGACAAGAUCCCGGGCAUGGCAGCCACCGUCCCGGAGCAGCAGCAGCAGCAGCAGCCCUCCACCCCCGCCUCUACCCCACCACCAGCCGAUACUGCUACCACUGCUCCCUCGCCAGUCAUCGAGCUACCAACAACACCCACACCAUCACCCCCUCCCUGCCCCAUCCCGCCCCGCGCCCCAGGCCGCAUGUUCGCCGCCAUGGCCGCCGCUGCCGCCGCCGCCCCUACCGUCCCCAAACGCAGCGCCGCGCGCCGCACCUGGGCCGGGCUCCCCGUCUCGACCGAGACGCCGCUCGAGGACCGGCUGGCCCGGGCGCAGCGCAGGAUCUCGGGGCCUCACAUACGGUUCGGGCCGCGCCUCCCUGCUGCCGCCCCGAGCCGCUCCUCCUCGCUCCAGCUCCGGCCACAGCCGCAGUCGCAGUCGCAGCCGCUCCGGCCCCUGCGCCUGGUGACGAUGCACUCGGCGUCGGUGGCGCCCUCGCUGCCGUCGCCCGCCCGCAUCGAGACGGACAUCAGCGCCGCCGUCGCCGCCGCCGCCGCCGAGGCGGCCGCUGCCAUCACGCGCGUGGCGCCCCAACCGGCCGCCGGCUGCGCCAACUGCGCCAACUGCGGCGCCGCCGUGCCGCGCCACUCGGCCGCCACCACCACCACCACCACCACCAUCGACCACCCGCGUCGCGGCAACCACCCUGCCGCACGCCAUAGCAUGGGAGGCACCGGCUACCCGCCGCGCAGGUGGACGAUCAACGGGGCUUCGCGACCCAUCUCGGCCAUCGCCGAGGACGGGCCCGACUUCCAGACCGCCUGGGACCAGUUCCCCGAGCUGGGCGGGCACCGGCCGCUGGCUGCUGCUCGGUCGGGGGUCGGGGCCCGCUAG